AUGCUUCUCCUCAAAGACCCCAAAUCAUACGCACUGUUUGUGAUGAUCUCAAUCAUUGGGUUUGGGCAGAUCUUCUGUGUUCAUGGCCAAGCACUCUCCCAUGGCUGCUCCAAUGACACAGCCAAUUCCAGUUACAUAGAUGACCGUACUUCCCUCUUGGACUCUUUAUCGUCCAGAGCAACCUCCAUGGACUUCUACAAUGAGACCUUCAAUGAUAUCCAUGGUCUCUUCCUCUGCAGAGGUGACGUUAACGCCUCUACUUGCCGGAAUUGUGUCACUGGCGCCGGAGAAGAGAUCAUCAGGGUAUGCCAGCCGAAUAGAGCAGCAAUAAUAUGGUAUGAUUUUUGCAUGAUUCGCUACUCUGAUAUCAACUUUUUCGGAGAAUUGCAAUCUGGACAAGUGGUCCUUGUAUAUAAUACCCAACAUGUUAAUUCAACGGAGGAUCCACAAAACUUUGCAGCUGUGAAUUUCAUACAGGUUUUGAUAUUGGAUAGUCUGAUUACGGAGAAUCUGUACACUGCAAAUAGUUUACCUCUGCCUAAUGGAGAUCAGGUUAGAUAUGGAAUGGUGCAGUGUACCAGAGAUAUAACUAAUUCUACUUGCCGCGAUUGUUUGGAAAUGCUUGUCCAGAUUAUACCACCAGGGAGAGUAGGGUGGCGUAUUUUGGGAAACAGUUGCAAUAUAAGGUAUGAACAGUAUCCCUUCUUUUUGCAAUCAACGGCUGCUCCACCACCAACACCAGUACCACCACCACCACCAAGCACCCCUGCACCUCCAACUGAUCAAGGCGAGUCAAAAUGUUUGGCAGGAAAUGGAGGAUUGAAGAACACAACAAAAAUAGCAGUCAUCACAGUAUCAACAGCAGCAGGUGUAGCCGUCUUGGGUUUAUGCGUUUACAUAUGUCUUUGCAGCAAAAGGGAACUGAAAGGUUAG